UUUAUAUUUUUAAUGACGCUCAUGAGGAAAAUCCAACAUGGCCGCGGUGCUAAGACUUAAAUGACAUAUUAUAAAACUGCUGUCCUGUUUUAUACUUUACAGUUAAUUCGCGGAUAGACAUGUGGUUGCCACUUCACACAUUCUGCCUCAGAAGCCGGACAGGUUGCAGGGGAAGCUUCGUCGCUGCUCUUUUACGGCGUCCAAGGCACAUACAUGCUAACGUUUCCCCCUUCAGUCACUCAGCUGGACGCUCUGCACAAGCAUGCAAGGCACUUCUGUACAGAACCCACGGAGACCCCUCUCGAGUCGUUCAGUUGGAGGAUGUAGAUAUAUCCCCCGUUGGUACAAAAGAUGUCCUGGUUAAAGUGCUGGCAGCCCCAGUCAACCCGUCUGAUAUGAACAUGAUUCAAGGUACUUAUGCUAUCCUGCCAGAUCUUCCAGCUGUUGGUGGCAAUGAGGGUGUGGCCGAAGUGAUAGAGGUGGGCAGCCAGGUGAAGUCCCUCAAAGCAGGGGACUGGGUCAUUCCGAAAGAUGCUGGUUUAGGGACAUGGCGGACAGAGGCAGUGCUGGCUGAGGAUGAUGUCAUCUCACUGCCAAAUGACAUUCCUCUGCUGUCUGCUGCCACACUGGGGGUGAACCCCUGCACUGCCUUUAGGAUGCUCUCUGACUUUGAGGAUCUCAAGCCAGGCGAUUCUGUGAUCCAGAAUGCUGCCAACAGUGGAGUUGGGCAGGCUGUCAUACAGAUUGCUGCUGCAAGAGGCAUCAACACUAUCAACGUUAUCCGAGACAGGCCAGAGUUCACACAGCUCAGUGAUAGACUGAUGGGCAUGGGAGCCAGUCACGUGAUCAAAGAAGAGACACUGAGGCGGCCUGAGAUUAAGGAACUGUUCAAGACUUGUCCAAAGCCUAAACUGGCAUUAAACGGAGUUGGAGGCAAGAGUGCAACAGAGCUGCUGCGUCAUCUACAGGUUGGAGGAUCUAUGGUGACAUAUGGAGGGAUGUCCAAACAGCCAGUUACUGUACCUGUGAGCGCGCUUAUUUUCAAGGAUGUGAAAGUUCGAGGGUUUUGGGUCACACAGUGGAAGAGGGAUCACUCUCAUGAUGGAAGAGCAUUUAGAACCAUGCUGGAUGAGCUAUGCUCCCUCAUCCAGCAGGGGAAGCUGACAGCUCCAGCCUGCACUGAGGUGGGUCUCCAAGAGUAUCGCAAAGCUCUGGAUGCAGCUAUGCAGCCUUUUACUUCAACUAAGCAAGUCCUGAUCAUGUGAACUUCUGGUCUCAUGUGCUAACACCACGCUGUCAUAAUUUACAGUGCAUAAGCUGAAGUGUAACCUCAGGACUGUCACAUUAUUGUUGAUAUGUCAACCAUAUGUACUGCCGAAAGCUGUGCUCAGUAAAUGUGUCUUCACACCAGG